UAGAAACAGGGGUGAGGAGGGAAGCAGGUUUGGUUUACUUUUUCCUGCAAACCAGAGAGAGGUUGUAUUUCCGGUAAAUGAUUCUCUGAUUCCCUUGAGUGGGAUCAGAGGAUCAUCUCCCACCAGUUUCAAAUAAGAAAAAAAAUAAAAAAAAAACUGCUUGUACAUUCGGUUCUGCAGCUCUGCCCAUGAAACUACACAGAAAUUUUCAAAGUUUAAUAGAUUUCGGCUUCUCAUAAAAGCGGAUAUACUCAAAUACGUAUAAGACAUCAAAGAGGACGGAGAAUUUCUCAGAUGGGGAUCUCUCAAAAAGAUGGGAAAAUGGAAGGUUGGUUAUAUCUAAUUCGUUCCAACCGGAUUGGACUCCAGUACUCGCGAAAACGGUAUUUCAUUCUCCAGAAUAACUGCCUUAAGAACUUCAAAUCAAUGCCAACGUCGGAAGAAGAGGAUCCUCUAAGAAGUGCAAUAAUAGAUUCUUGCAUCCGUGUCACAGACAAUGGGAGGGAGAACAUUAGUAGAAAAGUAUUCUUCAUUUUUACACUUUAUAAUACUUCUAAUCAUAGUGACCGGCUUAAGUUGGGAGCAAGUAGCCCAGAAGAAGCAGCAAGAUGGAUUCGCUCCUUUCAGGAAGCUGCAUUGAAGGAGUACCCGGGAGAACAUGUCACAUCCUUUCCCGAUGGCCAAUGGCAAUCAUUUAGGUUAACUGGUUCCAAGAGGGUGAGCCGCAUGAAUUCCAUAGACUGGACUCUUUGUUCAUCCAUGCAAACAGAUCCAGUGGCAUCUGAUGUUGUUGCACCCUCUUCAUGGACAAUCUUUGGCUGUCAAAAUGGGUUACGGUUAUUUAAGGAGGCAAAAGAUAAGGACUCCGACAAGAAGUACCGGGAUGAGCAUCCAGCAACAAUGGCUGUGGGCAUAGUUGAUGGAACUUCAGAGGCCAUUUUCCGGGCACUUAUGUGUCUUGGUCCCUCAAGAUCAGAAUGGGACUUUUGUGUUUACCAAGGUAGCGUGAUUGAGCAUCUUGAUGGUCAUACUGAUAUUAUUCACAAAGAAUUAACUGGUGAUUGGUUACCUUGGGGAGUGAGAAGGAGAGAUUUACUAUUGCGGCGUUAUUGGAGAAGGGAGGAGGAUGGAACAUAUGUAAUUCUCUACCAUUCAGUGUUUCACAAAAAGUGUCUACCUCAAAAAGGCUAUGUUCGAGCCUGCCUUAAAAGUGGAGGAUAUGUAAUUUCUCCUGUGAACCAAGGAAACCAAUCAGUUGUGAAGCACAUGCUUUCCAUUGACUGGAAAUUCUGGAAGUCCUAUGUGAAUACAUCAUCUGCAAGAUCUAUAACCAUCCAAAUGCUUGAGAGAGUUGCAGCACUGAGGGAGUUUUUCCAAGCCAAAGAAGGAAAUUGCCCCUCUGAAUUCUCAUCAGGAGAGCUGACACGAGAUAUUGGAUUGUCUCGGAGUCUAAAGGAGGAUAUCAAGGUUGAAAUCCAAACCCCAAUGAAGAGCAGGAGGGGUGAAAAUGAUGAUUCUAUGGUAGAAAAGGUGGAAAAGCAGUUCCCAAAACCUGCAAGCCUUAUAGAACUUGAUGAUGUAGCUGAUGAAUUCUUUGAUGUUCCUGAACCAUCAGAAUAUGACCUAUCAGAUACUGGCUGGCCUGCUGAUGAGAGUCAAGAUAUGCACCCUCAGGAUUUAUGCCAUCCUAAAUUAUCUACAGCUACAUGUUUUGUGAAGAAGUUGCAUGAUCUAGCAGUUCAGAAGAGGGGUUACAUAGACUUGCAAGAGACGACAAGGGAAGACAACAUACCAUGCUGCUAUGGAGACACUCUUCCAAAAGAUCCAUGUUGUAAUUUGGCUUGCAGUUGGACCACACCUGAUCCUUCAACAUUUCUAAUACGUGGAGAUAAUUAUCUGGUAGACAAUCAAAAGAUCAAAGCAAAAGGAACCUUGAUGCAAAUGGUUGCUGCAGAUUGGCUCAGAUCUGACAAGCGAGAAGAUGAUCUUGGUGGACGUCCUGGGAGCAUUGUUCAGAAGUAUGCCCAAAAGGGUGGUCCAGAAUUCUUCUUCAUUGUAAACAUACAGGUUCCGGGUAUGACUACAUAUAGUCUCGCAUUAUAUUACAUGUUAAGCACUCCUUUGGAGGACAGCCCCCUACUAGAGAGCUUUGUCAAAGGAGAUGAUACUUACAGGAAUUCUAGGUUUAAGCUCAUACCAUACAUUUCCAAGGGACCAUGGAUAGUAAAGCAAAGUGUUGGCAAGAAAGCAUGCCUGGUGGGUCAAGCACUUGAGAUAAACUAUUUUCGUGGGAACAACUACUUGGAGCUUGGAAUUGAUAUCGGGUCAUCAACAGUGGCAAGAGGAGUGGUCAAUCUUGUCCUUGGAUACCUGAACAAUCUAGUAAUAGAAAUGGCAUUUUUGAUACAGGCUAACACACAAGAGGAGCUACCAGAAGUCCUCCUUGGAACAUGCCGUCUCAAUCAUCUGGAUGCAUCAAAAUCAGUAGUAGUGAAACUGUGAAACCAUGAUUUUCACCCCGAUAGUUACACUUGUAUUAAGGAAUAGCAGUAGUCAUGAGGUAACUUGCAUGUAUUUUUUGAAGGUGUUAACUGGCUCAGUUGGUAAGUUCUCUAGCUGGUUGUAGCAGGGACUUAGGAUCUAAUUCCGCCUUCACCAGGGAUGAGGGGUUAUGGUUUUGGGGGAUGGGCUACCCCCUGUGUUAGCCCUAUGGAACAAAAGAAAAAAUGCAUUAUUUUUUCAUUCAUUCAAUCACAUCGGCAGUGAUUUAUGGUGCCA